AUUCCUUUUCAAUUCUCUCUCUUGAUUUCGGCUGUUUCUGUAGCUGCCCUGUUUGACACCUAUAUAAGGAUCGCCUCUGCGUUUAAAGAACUUCUCUAUCAAUUCUAUACAUACUUCUGCGUGUGAUUUUCUCUUUAUUCGGUGCUUAUAUAGAUAGAGAAAUAUAUUAAACAGUGAGAGAGAUUGUACUGGGGAAAAAAUGUAUGCUGAAACUGGACUGAUGUCCCCUUAUUUUCAGAGUUUCCCUCAAGAAGUUCACCAGCUUGAUGAGUUCUACUACUCACAGAAACCCAAUGCUCCAUUGGGCAACCUCAAUCAUACAUCCACCAUAUUGGAUUACAAUCUCGGGGGAGAAGGGGAUCUCUUCAAGGCCCCCGAACCAGUAAUUCAAGAACCGCUGAUUAAUCUUGAUCCAAUGACAGCUGCCAUUUCAAUGAUUUCUUGCGGAGAAAACAUUAUCUCCCCCCACGCACUGAAUGUGUCCGCCAUUGAAUCAUCAAUUGAGAGUGGGCAACUCCUCAGUGAGGUCUACUAUGAAUGCAAGAAGGAUAUUUUGGCUAAAGAUGCAACAGUAACACCACUCUCCGAAGUCAUGGAUAUCAAAAUUCCGACUGUAAAGAUGGAUGAACACCCGAAUUCUGAUGAAAAAAUGCUUCCAGAAGGUCCAUUCCAGAAAAGUGUAAGUUCGGGCUGCCUAUCGAAGGACUGGAUGUGUGAUGCUCCACUGAGUUCGAAUUUUCUGAUUCCCGACAUGGACUUGGGGGAAGUUUAUGGGAUGCGAAGAUCAUUCAGUGAAGGAGACAUAAAGACUCUUGGUAAUGGUAAUAUAAGCCUCUUACCACCCUCAAUGGGGCAGCCACAGAUUAUUGGCAGUUGCACUUCUGAAGGGCGGAAGGAAAAACUAUCCAGAUACAGGAACAAGAAGACUAAGAGGAAUUUUGGCAGAAAAAUCAAGUAUGCCUGCAGGAAGGCCCUAGCCGACAGCCAACCAAGAAUCCGGGGAAGAUUUGCCAAGACGGAAGAAAUAUGCUCCCAAGAAGCAAUAACUCCGAGCAGGACGAAGAAAUAUAGGGGAAGGUAGUAGUUAGAACUGAUGCUGUAAUGGAAGUGAUCCAUGAUAAAGUUAGCUGGUAUAAUAUGAGUCUAUGCAGGAUCUAUAAAUAAGCUGGAGCUUAGUUGAUUUCUUGUUAAGUACAAUAAUCUGUAGAUCAAAUGUUCAACUGGAGUUGUAUAUACUGUUUGUUUAAUAAAAUAUUUUUGUAUAUUUCUUAAAAAAA